CCAUCCUCAUCGCCCACCUGAAGCUCUCCACCUCUGAGCUGCGUGAGGUUCUGAUGAACAUGACCACGGAGCGUCUGGAGCCCGCUCACAUCAAGCAGCUGCUGCUGUACGCCCCCAACGAAGAGGAGGUCAAGCAGUACGAGCAGUUCGAGCAGGACCCCGCCAAACUCAGCGAGCCAGACCAGUUCAUCUUCCAGAUGCUGACGGUUCCCGAGUAUAAAACCCGUCUGCGGAGCCUCCACUUCAAGACCACCCUGCAGGAGAGGACGGAGGAGAUGAAGGUCGCGUACGAUUACAUCUACAAGGCUUCAGUGGAGCUGAAGAGCAGCAAGAAGCUCGCCAAAAUCCUGGAGUUUGUACUUGCAAUGGGGAAUUACCUGAACAAUGGGCAGCCCAAGAGCCACCGGACGACCAGCUUUAAGAUCAAUUUCCUCACUGAGCUUAGCACAACCAAAACAGUAGACGGGAAAUCCACCUUCCUCCACAUUCUGGCCAAGUCUCUGUGCCAACACUUCCCCGAGCUGCUCAACUUCUCCAGAGACCUCACAACGGUGCCUCUGGCCGCCAAGGUGAACCAGAGGGCCAUCACUGCAGAGCUGACUGACCUUCACUCCACCAUCCUGGACAUCAGGAAGGCGUGUCUGAAGAUCCCGCCCACCUCCGAGGACCACUUCGCCUCCGUCAUGAGCAGCUUCCUGGAGAACAGCCACCCUGCGAUCCAGUCUCUGGAGUCCCUGCAGACCCUAGCCAUGGAGGAGUUCUCCAAAGUGGCCUCGUUCUUCGGAGAGGACAGCAAGUCCGCCAACACCGAGUCCUUCUUCGCCAUCUUCGCAGAGUUCAUCGGCAAGUUUGAGAGAGCUCUCAGUGAGACCAAGACUCCAGAAAACCCCAGAAGCCCCAGACUGUCCUCCCCUCUGGUCUGGUAGAAGAAAAGAAAAAAGAGGAUUAUGGUCAGAUGUCGGCUUCAUUUUCACUCUGCUCUCCAACAACCAAAGUGCCAAGAUCACACACAGAGACACUCACAGCGACGGGAACAGAGAGCGCGUCAUCUAUAGCAAACAGAAGGGAAAUACUGUAAUCUAACUGUAGAAAAUCACAGAUAAUGAGCGCCCUGUGUGCAUCAUUACUGUUAUUUCAGGUGUGAACAGGAAGUCACCGCACACUAGUCUUUACUUUAUUUACUUUUUAAAGCAGGUAGUCAAAUAAUUAAACCCUCUAUUAGCUCCGGUGCAUCUCGAUGAAAGAACUGGAUAUUUAGGUUACUAGCGAUGUUUAAUACCUGACUAUAUAAAAGUUUAUAUUUUCUAUCAGAUCAUAUUUGAAAAUUGUUAAAGAGUAAGCGUAGAUGUAGAUGGAUGAAUCUAGAAGCAGGUGUAGUUUAGGUAGCGUGUACAGAGCCAGAGAGUUCAUACAGCGGUGCGUUCACUGCCUCACACACAGCAUGAGUUCAUUACUAAUGGUAAAAAUCUAUGUUUUAUUCCAGCAUUAUGUAUCCACAUUACUGAUUUAGAGUUACAUAUGUUACAGUAUCAUCCUAUCAUACUGUGAGUUUAAAGGGCAUCUACUGUAUCAUAGGAAUUGUAAUACAAUAAAAAGAUAUAGGGAGAUUAAGUUAAAUUCAUCCACACCCACUGGUUCAGUUAAUAAUCUCUAUGGAAGCAAAACAACGCCCUAACGUUUUUUUUAAAAAUCAAACCCCCCCCCCCCCGAGGUAACUUUGGGAUUUUAGCCUUUGCAGACUAUUUACAUGCACCAAUAACACACUACAGGAAAGGGAAAAUACCCCCAAAACGGGUUUAAACUGCAGCAACUCAUAGGCAUUGUGAUUGAUUGCCUGCAAGGACUCUAGAUUAAUCCGAUAGCACGACCGGGUACGUUUUUUAAAAUGUACUUUUUCACAUUAAUAAUAACAUAUGUUUUUGUUGAGGGCCUUAGUUGGAUAAAAUAGAAAACAGAUAACAUUUUGGAACUCUCUCUGCAGGGAACUUUGGGAUGUUUGCCUUUGCAGACCAUUUACAUGCACCAACAUCUAUAACACACUACAGGAAAGAGAAAAUACAUUAAAGGGCCCCUUUAAAAACGCAGCUACUCAUUUGCAUUGCGAUUUUUCUGCUCGCGAAGGACUUCAAGUUGAAUGAAAUAACAUAUAUUUAUUCCUGAAACAUCCUCAGACCAGCUUUCACAGAGAGGCGACACUGAACACAUCAGCAUGUGGAGAAACCUGGCUCACAAAUCCUCUGUUUGGCAAAGCGUGGGUCUCUGGGUUUAAAUGAGAGCCGAGUGCUUCAGGCAGAGACUCCUCAGUGCGGUAAACACAGUGUCUGAUGAAUGAAACGCAUGUGGAGGAAAAUCUAAACGUCCUCCUGUAAAUGGUUCCUUCCUGAUUCUUGGUCGUCAUGGUGACUCCUCUACAGUACAGUGUGUUGUAUUUAUGUCGAUGAAAUAUUGUUGAGAUUGUAGAUUUACAGUUUUUGCUAUGCACUGCUCAUCAUUUCAUUUUUUACCGUAUGUGUGUUUUAAAAAACCUUUUCAUAUUCAAGAGUGUGUCAUCAGGACAUUCUUGUUAUUUAUUCUUUAUGCACUGCUUUAGUCAGGCUCAUACAACGGCGUCUUAGGGACAUUUGUAGUUUUAAAAUAAGUAAAUUACAGAGCCAGGAGAGGUGAGUAAUAUCUGAAAGAAAUAUCCAAAGACUAAAGUUGUAAAUACAUAAAAAAGUGUAUUUUAAGAGAUUAAAACGGGUCUUUUAUGUGAAAAAACAUGGAUAUAUUUUGUGAAUAAAGAGGUCAAUUUACGUGAAAAAACAUGUACAUUAUUUGAGAUUAAACUAGUAGGAAAGAGUAAUUAAAUCAUCUUUUAUAAUUACAUGUUUUAUAUUAUUAAUCUGUAAGUAAAAAGUCAUAAAUUGGCAAAGAAAUCUGAAAUACCCCAAAAUCAAAGGCUCACAUUUUAAUUAAAAAAAUCACAAUAUUCAAGUUUUUUCCUCAUGAAUGUAUUAAUAAUAUUAACUUAUUCCAAGAAUAUAUAAAUACUUUUUAAAAUUUAUAAUCCUAUGCUUUAACUCUAAAUAUGACUCCCCUCUGGCUCUGUUAUUAUUUACUUUUGAACCUCUGUGGUCCCAAUAUGCCGUUGUAGACGAGCUGACUGAUCUUGUAAAAUGCGACCCCAGCUGCGGCUGCAGUCUCAGUGUUUUUUGUCCAAAUGGAUCGCAUGUUGGUGCAGUCGAUGUGCGUCUGGUAGCACUCCCCCUCCCCUGGAUAUUUAAGUUUUAAAAUAAAUACAGUUCUGUCUACUUUA